AUGUUAAUCAACGAAUCAAGGAGCAUGAAAUUAAUUGGAAAACGAGGUCUAAGCUAUAGAGGUAAAAGAAAUGAAGCAGCAUACUCUUUGAACGAUCAUAAUUUAGACCAUGGAAAUUUUUUGGAAAUAAUGAUAUUGCUCAGUAAAUAUGAUCCUAUCAUUUGCGAUCACUUCAAUACUAUCAUCAAUAAAAGUGAAAAGAAACAAAAACAAAAUAAGAAAGGCCGUGGAAGCUUUUUAACUUUUUUAUCCAAAAAUACGGUCCAAGUCGUUAUAAAUGAAAUAGCAUCAAAUAUUAAACGUACAAUUGCUACCGAAGUCCAAAAUGCUUCAUUCUUUUCUGUUCUUAUUGAUACUACCCAAGAUGUUUCAGUAAUGGAUCAAUGUUCAAUAGUUAUUAGAUACGUUUUUCAUGAUACAAUUAAUGAAAAAUUAAUAGCUGUUAAGUGUGUUCAUAAUUCAAGUGGUAAAGGUAUGGCUCAACUGCUAAAAGAAGAAUUGAUUUCUGUUGGUUUGGAUUUAACGAAAUGUAUAGGAAAUUCUACUGAUGGAGCGUCCAAUAUGCGAGGAGUUUAUAAUGGUUUUACUUCACAUUUAAGUAAAUUAUCACCUGAACAAGUUCAUGUUUGGUGUCAUAGUCACGUUUUAAAUCUUGUUAUUUGCGAUGCAACAAAAAAUCCUGUCCAAGUAGCAUCAUUUUUUACUUUAUUAAAUAGUUGUGCAGUAUUUUUCAAAGAAUCAUAUUUGAGGAUGGAUAUUUGGAAUGAAGUUAGCAAAGCAAAUUCAGAUAACAGUCGAAAUAAGCGUCUUCAAACCAUUGGGGAAACUAGAUGGUCAUCAAAACAGACUGCUGUUGAGAGAAUUUUUGGAACAUUUGGAGAUCCAAAAAGUUCUAUGUAUGUAGACUUGAUAAUUGCUUUCACUAAAGUUGUUCAAGAGGAAAAAUUUAAACCUGAUAUAAGAUCAAAAGCAAAACAUUAUUUAGAUUUACUAUUAAAAUAUGAGACUAUUUUGACGGCACACAUAUUUAUGAAUGUUUUUAGUAUAACGGGCCCACUAUCUAGAUAUCUACAAACCAGUGGAUUAGACCUUCUGAAAUGUCAACAAAUGGUAAAAUCUGCUCUGAGUCAAAUAGUUAAGUACCAAAGAGAUAUGGAAAAUAUAAUAGCUAAAAGUGAUAAAUUUGUCGAAUGGGUAAAUAAUCAACUAGAAUUGCAAGAUUUGGAUAAUGAAAUUUAUCUUCAAGAACAAUUCGAAAUCAAACGAUUAAGGAAAAAAAAACGAAUGACUGAUGAAUUAUUAAACGAUGACCCAAUUAAUGACGCAAAACAAAAAUAUACUGUUGAAGUUCAUAAUCAGGUAAUGGAUAGAAUAGUUGAAAGUAUGAAUUCAAGAUUUGUGAACAAUAGUCCAUUAUACAUGGAUUUAUCGCUUCUAUCCCCAGUCAACUUCGAUAGUUUUAAACAUGGUUUACCAAAAACAGCCUUGAAAGUUUUCUCUAAAAAUUUAAUCCGAUAUACAGUCAAUGAUAAUUUGGAAGAAUUUCAUCAAAAAUUAAGAGAAGAAUUAGUAAGUUUUGGUAAUAAUUGGGAUAAUUUAAAAAAAUCAGUUGAAGACGAAUAUGAUUUUGAAAAUUUCGAUUCUGAAGAUGAAUACCAAGAAAUUGAAGAAACUUCCAGAUUAAAUAUGACCUCAUGUGAAAGGUCAUUUUCAACACUCAAAUUCAUAAAAAAUCGAUUACGAAAUACUCUAACUAAUGAGAAUUUGGAAGCCUUUAUGUUGAUGUCCGUGGAAAAGCGAACAUUAGCUUCUAUAGAUGACGAUAUUUUAAUAGACAGAAUCGGGGAAACUAGUGAAGUUAUGAGAAAAAACCUAAUUAUGUAA